GCCUAAGGGGGAGGCUGUGAAAGCAGCACUGGAGCUCAACAUGUGCACCGGGGAAAUCAGUUCUCUGCCCUGACUGUGGGAGGGAGGGAAGGCUUGUACUUAUAGAUCAAUGAGAAGAAAGAGGAGCCUCCAGGUACUCUGGGCCCAUGUUGUACUUGUGCAAAACCACUCUUUUCUCCGCGUCCAGACGCUCAUAUCUGCAGAGCAGAUGCAGGGUCACAUGCGGCUCCUCUUGCAUGCGCACCUCCGCGUGCCGCGGCGGCUUAACGAAAGGUCACCGCGCCGAGGCUCGGCCUCCGCCACUCAUCCCCGCGGACGCGACAAUAAGCCCCCGAACCCCGAGAGUCGCAUUAGGUGUGCAAACAGGAGGCUGAGCGGCGGCCGGUGUUUUUUUUUGCUGGAACAGCCCGCAGACAGCGGUCGCAGCCGUCGCACAGAUGCCCAAACGGAUGGAGCGUCCAGACAUGGACAGAGGCGGCGGCGGCGGCGGCUACGAGACCCCCUCGGCUUCAGAGCUGCACCGGCUGAUGUGGACGAAGAGCGGGAGCAGCAACCACAUGGACGAGGUUUACCCCAGGAUCUACAUAGGAGACAUGCACGCAGCCAAAGACAAGAGCGCACUGCGGGAUCACGGCGUGACCCACGUGCUCAACGCCGCUCACGGCGGGUUCGGCGUCAACACGGGGCCCGGCUUCUACAGAGACACCGGGAUCACGUACCACGGCGUGGAGGCCUUCGACGCGCCCUCCUUUAACCUGAGCCCCUUCUUCUACCCGGCCGCCGGCUUCAUCCGCAACGCGCUGAGCUCGUCGGCAGGUAAGGUGCUGGUCCACUGCGCCAUGGGCCUGAGCCGCUCCUCCUCCCUGGUGCUGGCCUACCUGAUGAUCCACGAGGGCAUGACGCUGGCGGACGCCACCCGGGCCGUCGGCGCCAACAGGAACGUGUGCCCCAACGAGGGCUUCCUGCAGCAGCUCAGGGAGCUGGACGCGAAGCUGCGCCGCGGGCGGACGUGAAGGACGAUCCGAUCAUUCGUGCGACUGUGAGACACAUGAUACUGAGGUAUCGAUAUUUAGGAGCGAACUCGAGGUCACUCUGGGUCAAGGUCACCCUGAGGGUUCUAAUGACCACUAGGGGCGCUAUAGAGCAAGAAGGGAUGAACUACAGGCUAUAGAAUCUGUAUCUGUAUCACACUAGAAUUAAAAAAACAAUAAAAAUAAAACAUGGCACAAAGUGACUUGUCCUUAAUCAUUUCUACCAAUCGAGCUCUAAGCACUGCUGUG